AUGAAAAGAAAAGAAACUCAGAAGUCUCGUGGCGAUAAGCCUUCGGAGAUAGCGAACCAGCCAAAACGGACUGACCAAGCAGAAGCCGAACAAGUCCCGAUCUGGAAGAGACUGUUUCUGUUCAAUGCAGUAGAGGAAAGCUUGGAAACCGUUAGCAAAUACCGACCCGGCGGCUAUCAUCCCGUGCAACUUCAUGAUACUCUUCACAAAGGCAGAUACCGGGUCAUUCAUAAGCUCGGGUAUGGCGGCUUCUCAACAGUAUGGCUUUGCUGUGAUGAGAAAGCGAAAGACCCAACUUACGUUGCGGUCAAGAUCCUGCUGGCCAGCGAGUCGGAGGAGGCGUGUCGCGAGCUCCUUGUGAGCAGACUGCAAGCAGAAGGUAUCGGAAGAGUGCCUGGUGGCGAGCAUAUCUGCCUGCCAGUGAACCGAUUCGAGACGCAAGGUCCAAAUGGGAGCCAUAUCUGCCUCGUCUAUCCUGUUCUGGGCCCCAGCAUCGCAUCUCUAGCAAGAUUGCUACGAGACGGUGCUGGAAAAGACAGCACAGAUCAAGCCGACAAAGACAAACACGAAGACCAUGUCGAGAAUUAUACAAAGUCUCAUGGUUCUACUCUGCGAAGUGUCUCUAGACAGGCCGUUCAAGCACUGUCUGCGCUUCACAGGCAUUUUCGGCCGGCCAACAUAUUGCUAAAGCUGCAAUGCCUCGAUGGAUUGGACGAGGAAGAGGUUCUCGAGAUGCUCGGCAAGCCGGAAACUACCAAAGUCAGAGUCCGCAAGAGCCCGUCCUCCACGCCGGCCAUCACUGGUGCGCCAGAUUACCUGGUGUAUCCGGUUGACUUCGAUGAUGCAGACCCAUCCUUGAUUUCUACAGAGGCCUAUGUCACCGACUUCGGGCAGUCAUUUGACAUAUCAGAGGACGCCCUUCCCACAAGCUCCGGCAUCCCUGCCGACUACCGCGCCCCUGAGAUGGUCCUGGGCCAGACCGCAGGCAUCGAGAUGGACUUAUGGUCUCUCGGGUGCACGCUAUUUGAGAUACGAACGGGGAGAAGAUUGUUCUCUGUCUUUCAGCUCUUGCGCUUUGACGGCGCUGCUUACUUGCUUGAGCUAGCACCACUCUUGGGAAAGCCACCAGAGGCAUGGUUGGUGCCUUGGAAGAAGAAGUUGCGCGCCCUUCUGUCCGAGCCUGACGGGGAUUCCAAGGCCGAGACGAGUAUCGAUACAAUGAAAUCAGAAGCCGCACGUCGUAGAGCAAUAGAGGAGGAAAUCGAGGCAUCCGUUCGUUGCACCGGAGAGGAUUGCGCUCACGGGCCACAUGAGCCCAUCUCAGGGGAUGAGGCUCGGAUCUUUUCUGAUCUUCUGGAGAAGUUACUAAGGUGGAUACCAGAGGAGCGCUUGGCUUCCAGCAAGGUGCUGGAGCAUGAAUGGUUCAAGACUUGA